AUGUGGCAAGUAUAUACCCGUCGACGUCGAAUACGAUGGCUUGCCAUUGGUUUUAUUUUAAUUCUUAUUGUUUGGUGUUUUAUUUUAUAUAAAAGUUUAAAUAUAACAUACGAAAAAGAUAUUUCUCAUUCUCAUUCAUCAUCUUUAACAUCAGUAUCAUCAUUUCUCUAUGAAAUUGAUAAUCUUGAUUUAUUUAUAAAACAAACACCUGUGAAAUAUAAUUAUCAUAUUUUUUAUUAUCCAUGGUAUGGAAAUCCAGAAUAUGAUGCAGGUCAAUAUUUUCAUUGGAAUCAUCGUCGAUUAGCUCAUUGGAAUCGUGAAAAAGUUUCAAAUUAUCCACAAAAUCCACAUGAACCACCGGAUGAUAUUGGUAGUAAUUUUUAUCCAUUACUUGGUCCUUAUAGUUCUCGUUCUCCUACUAUUCUUGAUAAACAUAUGCGAAUGAUUCGUAUGAGUGGUGCAGGUACAUUAUCAGUAAGUUGGUAUCCACCUGGAAUGGCUGAUGAUGCAGGACAUCCAUGGAAUGAUCUUAUGCCACUUUUACUUGAUACAGCUGAGAAAUAUAAAUUAAAAAUUUGUUUUCAUAUUGAACCAUAUCAAAAUCGUACAGCUGAUAAUGUUAUAUAUUGGUCAGAUUAUAUUCUUCGUCAAUAUGGUUCACAUUCAGCAUUUUAUCGUUAUAAAGAAAAAGGUUUCUUUUAUAUUUAUGAUUCUUAUCGAAUAUCUGCAGAUGAAUGGUAUCAAAAAUUUUUAUCUAAUAAUAAAAUAAAACAGCAAGCUUUUUUUGUUGGUCUUAUACUUAAAUCUAAUGAUUGUCAACAAUUAGUAUCAUCUGGUUUUGAUGCUGCUUAUUCAUAUUUUGCUGCAAAUGGUUUUACUGAAGCAUCAACUUCACAACGAUGGUCUUCAAUUGUUGGUAUAUGUAAAUCAAUACCAUUUAUUCCAAGUAUUGGACCUGGUUAUAUAGAUACAAAUAUUCGACCAUGGAAUGGUGAAACAACACGAUCAAGACAAAAUGGAAAUUAUUAUAAACAAAUGUUUAAAGAUUUACCAAAAGGUAAUGAUAAAAUAGUAACAAUUACAUCAUUUAAUGAAUGGCAUGAAGGUACACAAAUUGAACCAGCUAUAGAAAAAAAUGUUUCAAAAAAUAUUAUUUAUGAAAGUUAUCAUCAAGGUCCUUUUACAUAUAUUUAUCUUACACGUGAACUUAUUUUUACUACUUAA